AUGGCAUUGAAUAUUUACAGCACUCAGACGGGCAAUUGGCAUCGUUACACACAAAUGAUGGAUCUCUUCAUGUUAAUUUUGACAUUGACGGGACACUGGUUGCUCGACAUCUAUUCACUCAUCAACGUCGGUGGACUUAAAAAGGGCCAGUCUGUUCUCAUCCACAGCGGCUGUGGUGGCGUGGGUCUAGCUGCAAUCCAACUGGCCCGCAUGAUUGGCGCUGGAAUCUAUACAACGUUAGGCAUCCCAAGAGAUCACAUCUUCAACUCGCGAAACGUGAGCUUUGAAAAAGACUUGCUAAGAGCAACCAACGGCAACGGGGUUGACUUGGCUCUCAACUUGCUCUCGGGCGAGUUGCUACAUGCAACUUGGCGCUGCGUUGCCAAAUGGGGAACUUUGGUAGAGAUUGGCAAGCGUGGUCUUCUUGGUGCUGGCAAGCUGAAAAUGGAGGUGUUCCUUGCCAAUCGUACCUAUCGAUGCGUAGACAUAGACGCGAUGUGCAAGGAGAAACCUGAGAUGGUCGACAGCCUCCUUCGAUCAACGAUGGAUUUCUACCGACAAGGGCGUAUUCGAGCCAUCUCGAUUGACGAAAUCUUCCCCGGUGUCAAGAUGCAAGAAGCAUUCCAGCACAUGCAGCAGGGCAGCCACAUUGGCAAGGUUGUGCUCGAAUUCCGCGAACCAACAUCUGGAGAUCUUCAGCUUGGACAAAUUCAGCCUGGUAGUGCGUCUACUACGACAGUGCUUGAUGGCCAAGCGUCGUAUCUGCUUGUGGGCGGACUUGGUGGCUUGGGCCGUUCCGUAGCGCUCUUUGUCGAGGAGAUCCAGAGCAUGGGCUGUGAGGUGCAUCUGGUACGCGGAAGCGUCACUGAAGCGACAGACGUGGCCCGCGCCGUUGCGGAAUCGCCUCGUCCCCUCAAGGGAGUCAUCCAGAUGGCAAUGGUGCUUCAUGACCAAGCCUGGCGGAGGAUGACCAUUGACGAAUGGAACAUGGCGACGGCGCCCAAGGCCAACGAUGCCAGUGCAAACACGUUUCUCGAUGCAUUCGUCAAGUUCCGAACAAGCAAGGGGCUUCCUUGUACGUCACUCAACAUUGGGGCCGUGGAAAACGCAGGCGAUCUUGUCCAGGAAGAGCAGUUGCUCAAGAAGCUAGAGGGAACAGGCUGGCGGGCUGUGCAAGAGUCAGAGCUGCUGGACGUGCUGGAAUCUGCCAUACGACAGUCGCCUUCGCCAUCAGCUCAACCUGGAUCGCCAGAGUCGAGCCUCGUCAACGCAGGCCAGACUCUCGUGGGCAUUGUACCCGUCGUUCCACUCAGCAGUCCCGACAGCAGCGCCAAGCUACGCAAAGACGUGCGCAUGUCAGUGUUUCGCAACAUUCGCAUCCAGGCCAAAGGCGGCGCCUCGAGCGACAGUCUGCGGCAGUUUCUGGAUGCGGCCAAGACCAGUCCUGAGACGCUCAGCAAACCAGAGUCUGUUGGCUUAUUGACGCAGGAAAUUGGGAAGAAGCUGCUGGGCUUGGUGCUGCGGCCAGUGGAUGGCGAGAUUGAUGCAUCUCUGUCACUCGCACAACUGGGACUGGACUCGAUUGUGGCCGCGGAGAUGCGGGCCUGGUGGAAGCAAAUGUUUGGGCUGGAUAUCAGCGUAUUAGAAAUGCUGAGCAUGGGAACGCUCGAGGCGUUGGGCAAGCAGGCUGCCGAAGGCUUGCUGGCGUUGCAUGGCUAA